AUGUUAUCAAUUUAGAAAGUAAAUAUUGCCACUCUCUAUAACAGAAAUGAAGAAUACAAAUCAUGCAAUCGUGAGACUGAUCGAGAAGAUCGUUCAAAAAUUUGUAUAUCUAUAUGUAAAGGUUAGAAAAGUUUAAAGAAAUACUACAUUAAAAUAUUAUUCCUAUCAAUGAACUGCUUCAUCUGGCUUGGUCAGGAGUGCCUAGUGAACUCAGAAGCACGGUGUGGAGACUAUUACUCAAAUAUUAAUCCCCUAAUAGGGAUGCCAAUGUAAUUUGGAAAAUAGACUUAGUUAGUUUGCAAUCAUAGAGCGAAAAAGAAACAUGUACUUUGAAAUGUGUGAUAUAUAUUUUGCCAAAAAUCAGCAAUAUGAUGAAAGAGAGAAGAAGAUUUUAAAAUAAAUUUCAGAAGAUGUUAAGCGAACAAUACCAGACUCUUCAGUGUUUAGGAAUCCUUAAAUUUAAACUUUGUUGGAGAGGAUCCUUUUUAUUUGGAACAUACGAAAUCCUGCUUGUGGGUAUGUGUAAGGAAUGAAUGAUAUUGUCACUCCUUUUUUAAUUGUAUUCUUGUCUGACUAUGUUGAUAUUGACACUACUAAAUUGCAAUUCACUAAUGAGAAACAAUUAGAUCAUCUAGAUUAAAGGUUGAUCAGACAAGUUGAGGCUGACUCUUAUUGGUGUCUUUGUAAAUUAUUAGAAAGCGUACUUGAUAACUAUACUAAUUCACAACCAGGGUUGGUUCGUUUCUAUAAUAAAUUUAAGGAGAUUUUAUCAGCCUUGGAUAAAAAACUUUAUGAACAUCUUACGACCUCCCUAUGUAAUAAUAUAUUUUGAUAAUAGCAAUGGAGUUAUACGCAUUCAUCUUUAAAUGGAGUACAUGUAUGCUAUUAAGGAUGUUUUAAUUUGAAGUUGGGUUGAGAUUAUUUGAUACUUUAUUAGCAGAGGAACAAAGUAACUGUUUAUCUUAAUUAUAGACUAUUUUGAAUUGUGCCUCUUCAUUAUUAUUUCUAUUUUGAUGAAAUUUUCUCUCAAAAUUUAGAAAUUAUAAUAUGAUGAAAUUAUGAUCCUUCUUGAAAAGUUACCUACAAGAGAAUGGUCAGAAUCUGAUUUGAGUCUUUGUUUAUCAGAGGCUUAUGCUUACUAAAGGAUUUUUUCUAAAAAAUGA